AUGCUUGGGUUACGACGUAAAGACGCGGAGUUUCAAUGGAACUUUGUAGACCAAAGGGAAGAUGAAGAAACUCCAAGUUUAUCUAUUCCUCGUUGUCCUUCUGAUUUGGGCAUUCUACAAGUGUCAUUACACCGUAUAUUUUAUAAAGACUUGAGCCUUAAGGCUGGCAAAGUUCAGUUAAUACAAGAAGUCGAGCGUGCCGAUCAUCGGCAUCGUCGUAUCUUUGCUGAUUUGGGCCAUGAAAUGAAUGAAAGCGAUACGGAGUUUCAUCGCAAAAUCAUCUUGUCUUCCACCCCGAACUUCAUCAUUCCCGUUUUGGCUCUAAUUGGCUGUGUCACCGCUGAUGUUUCACACCUCUCGUCCUCUUAUUUGCCGCCUUCAGUGCCACAACAACAAUACUUGCCACCUGUCCAACCACAGGCGCAAUAUCUACCUCCCGUCCAACCACAGCCACAAUAUUUGCCUCCUGUUGAACCAGAGCCACAGUAUUUGCCACCUGUCCAACCUCAACCUCAAUACUUGCCCCCCGUUGAACCACAACCACAGUAUCUGCCUCCUGUACAGCCACAGCAACAAUACUUGCCACCCGCACAGGAAUACUUGCCACCAGUGGAUACACCCGUCUCCCAAGAUGGCUAUCACUACAGAACUGUAAAGAAGUACCGUUUGAGAAGUCAUUAA